AUGUGGGUCCUCAAGUCUCCGCAUCGAUUCCUCGCCUUCGCUCUUAUCACGCUGUUCGCACUAACAGCCAUGAUGACAUCCGCCAACCAACAAGUCGAGCCGACCCACCGUCGACUUGCAACUCUCGCCGACGCACCCUCUCUGCGACUCCAGUUCACACUCAAGCGACCCACCAUGAACGUCUACGGACAGACGCAAUUCUAUGUCUUCGCCAACCCCAUCGUGUCCUCUGACAACACCUCCGUGCUCUACGAUGGCUACACCGCAUUUAUGGACGGCACCACCGACUACACCUUGAUGCUGGUGAACGGCGUCGCCUACUUCGUGACUUCCCAAGUUGGUGAUGCGAGCAGCGCUUCCGCGCAGUGUUUGUCCUCAAGUCUGUUACCUCCUAUUAACGACAUCGUGUCGGCACUCAAUGAUGCCACCGCCAUCUCGAGUGCGGCAGCCGGUAAUGACACGAUCACGUGUGCAAGUGGUAACCUCUUCCAAGCUACCCUCGGUGAUGCAAACUUCGUCAUUUGCUCGUCCGUGUCGGAUGGCUUUACCAUCUACGGCAGUGAUCUGGACAUCAGUGUCGAGUAUUUGGACAGUCCGGUUGAUAUCACUGCCCCAACGGUGAGCGGUGAUGCAGCGCUGUCCUGCGAGACUGUCGUGACGCCUACGUCCGUGUCGGAAACCGCGGUCGCUCUGUUAACCGGCCAGACCAUUCCGUCGUCGAUUCGGCGUAAUCUGCAGUCAGGGUCGACGAUAACGCUGGCAGCUUCGUCUUGCGCGUGCAAGUCAACUCGACGCCCGUGCAUCUUCUUCCACGGUCUUGGUCAGACCUCUGAGCAGAGUACGCUCCAGACGAAGUCUAGCUACUUUGGUGAUCUUUCGAAAAAGGCUCCUUGCUGCUCGUCCAUCAAGUACGCUCAGUUGAACACGGCGAGCAACUCGUGGACUGACGCUACACUUCAGCAAAAGGUGUGUGACUUCGCUCUUUCCGCUAGCAGUACGAGCAGUUCGUCGUCAAAGACUAUUGCGGACACCAUCAUUGUCACACACUCUAUGGGCGGCCUCAUGGUGGCUGGUGCUGGCGAAUGGGCGAUGCAAAUUCGCAUCAAGCACUACAUGGGUGAGUUUGAGCGCCCCAAUGACUGGAAGUAUGGGCUCUGA